UACCCUGGUCGCCAGUGUCCAAAAUGUUACGAGUCUUGGUUCUCUUUGUUAGCUCUCCAGUAUUAUUUGUGAUGUGCAACCAUCAGUUAGAAGAUUAUAGGAAUCACCCAUGCAUCAGAAAAUGUAACAGUAGUGUUCAGAUGACGUGCGAGUACAACUUUACCGUGGAAUACUAUCACACAUUAUCCAAAGCAUGCUUCAAUUGUCCACACAACGUCACAGAUUGUGCACGUCCACACUGUGUGGCGGCGGACGGAACUAAAAGGGGGAUAAUCACGGUGAACAGAAUGGUGCCUGGCCCCGGGAUCCAUAUAUGUCAAAAUGACACGAUAGUAGUGAAUGUGUAUAAUCGACUAGAGGGCUCCGAUGGAUUGACAAUACAUUGGCACGGAAUUUCGCAGCGUCUGACUCCACACAUGGACGGGGUUCCCAUGCUUACUCAAUGUGCUAUUCCAACGUAUUCUUCAUUUCAGUACAGGUUCAAGCCUGACUUCCCAGGAACUUACUUUUGGCACUCUCAUUCCGGACUUCAGAGAAUGGACGGAGUUUUUGGAGCUCUUGUCAUCCGUCAGACAGAUGAUAAUGAGCCUCAUUUUGGACUCUACGACCAUGAUUUACCAGAACAUACCAUAAUCAUAAACGAUUGGUUGGAUGAACUAGCAAUCAAUAGAUUCACCAGACACCAUCACGCAGGUGGCGACAACAAACCUGAUUCCAUGCUUAUCAAUGGGAAAGGGUCAUAUCUGAAGUUCAGCAAUCAACACAAUAGUAACAGCAAAAUCCACACCCCUCCCGAGACGCUUACCGUAGAGCAAGGAAAACGUUACAGGAUCCGCUUGAUAAGCAAUGGGUUACUGAACUGUCCCAUCCAGUUCUCUAUAGACAAUCAUACCCUCAUCGUCAUAGCUACUGACGGUUACCCAGUGCAACCUAUCACGGUGGAAUCACUAAACGUGUUUGCUGGUGAACGAUAUGAUAUUGUACUCCAUACUACCCAGUCUGUUGACAACUACUGGAUUCGAGCACGAGGUGAAGCAGGCUGUGCAGUAAAAAAAGCACACCAAGAGGCCAUUCUACAUUAUCAGGGAGCUACAGAUAACCAGCCUAAACAACCUACAGGGUACAAUGCAGGGCUUCGUGCUGGAAAGUUAUUAAAUCCCUAUAACAAAGCUGAAACUAAGGAUCUGAUCCCCGUCACCAGAUUAGUUUCUCUUCUUGACAAUGAUAAAGCCCUGUCAAAAACUCCAGAUAAAACCAUUUAUAUGUCCAUGGAUUUCAACAAGAUCGACAACUACAGGUUCCAUGAUCCAGUGCUAUACCCUAUUUCUGCAGUGGAAAGAUCCCAACAUUUGUAUCUGCCACAGAUCAAUUACAUAUCUACAAUUCUACCCCCAUCACCACCACUUACACAAUUCAAAGACAUUCCAGAGGAUAUGCUGUGUAAUGCUACAGUUGGUGGGCGUAAUUGUUCGUCUGAAUAUUGUGAAUGUGUCUAUGUAGAAAAAGUCCGUCUAGGUGAUGUGGUAGAGUUUGUGAUAGUAGAUGAAGGUAAAACCUUUGAUGCUAAUCACCCCAUGCAUCUCCACGGCAACAGUUAUAGAGUAGUCGGUAUGGGAAAGAUCGACAGAUCUACAACACUCCAAGAGGUCAAGAAAUUAGACGCUGCUGGGAACAUUACCAGAAAUCUAAACAGGUCUGUCAUUAAGGACACUGUUACGAUCCCCGACGGUGGUUACGCGAUUCUCCGAAUACACGCCACCAAUCCAGGUUUCUGGUUUUUCCACUGCCAUAUUGACUUUCAUGCUGAGGUAGGAAUGGGGCUGGUUCUACAAGUUGGAGAAAUUGGCCAAAUGCCAAAAUCACCAAACAACUUUCCAAAGUGUGGAAAUUGGAAAUUCACUGAUCAUUAGCAGGGCUAAAACUAUUCGAUAAUAUCUAUUAA